AUGCAAAAUCAACAAACUGUUCGACAAAUCUUCGAAAGGGUAGAUCGAAACAGGAAUGGGUAUGUGGAUCACACGGAGCUACAACUGGCAUUGUCAAAUGGUAUAGGAACAACGUUCAACAUACGAACUGUCCAGUUGAUGAUUUCAAUGUUCGACAGAGAUGGAAAUGGAACAAUCGAUGUAAAUGAAUUUAUGUAUUUAUUCAAAUAUGUUCAAGAUUGGCAAGAAUGUUUUCGUCGAUAUGACCAAGAUAAAUCUGGACGUAUUGAUUCCCGAGAACUUCAAUGGGCCUUAUCUUCCUUUGGUUAUAGACUUUCUCCUGCUUUUGUACAAAUGCUUAUCUGUCGAUUCGAUCGCAAUAAAUGUGGGCAGAUUGCUUUUGAUGACUUUAUAUAUGCUUGUGUAUGUCUCCAAGCAUAUGGAGACAGAAGCUUCAAUGACCCAGUUAUUCACUGAAGUUCCAAGUGGCAACAUCGCUGGUGAUGCAUCCAGUUUACGAGUUCCAAAUAGAGUUGUAUUAUUCCCUUGGGUUUUCAGUGGAACAUAGAGUUUCAACAACACUUCUCCACUUUCUUCUAUUUUCUCCUGUCUUCUUCAGCUGGCCAGAUCCACAAUUGUCCAUAAUCACUCUUCUCCUUCUCCCCAACACACGACCUUCUGGAUGUCACCCCCUCACUGACUGCCCACACGUCGCCUCCUACUGGGAUUCCACUCGAGCGAUGGCCUGCAUUGCGUACGAUGUCAUUUGACCGAUGACCUUCUCAGUGAGAUGUAUGCCCGAUACAUCUGUUAUAAUGCUAGAACUUUGUCACGAGGUAACUGCUUAACUACUGAC